GGAAAGAAGAUUUUCUCUAUGUAUAUAAAGAUGGCCACGUUAGCAAACGGACAACCAGACAAUACCAGCCUGAGUAGCAAUCACAGCAACCCCAGCACCAACGGGCAUAUGAACGGAUUAAACCAUAGUCCCGGAAACCCAUCCACCAUCCCAAUGAAGGACCACGAUGCCAUUAAGCUCUUUAUUGGGCAGAUCCCCCGUAACCUGGACGAGAAAGACCUCAAACCGCUCUUCGAGGAGUUCGGGAAGAUCUAUGAACUGACGGUGCUGAAGGACAGGUUCACUGGCAUGCACAAAGGCUGUGCCUUCCUAACAUACUGCGAAAGGGAGUCUGCUCUAAAGGCCCAGAGCGCACUGCAUGAACAGAAGACACUGCCGGGGAUGAACAGACCGAUCCAGGUGAAGCCAGCGGACAGCGAAAGCCGAGGAGAAGACAGAAAACUCUUUGUGGGCAUGCUCAAUAAGCAGCAGUCGGAAGACGAUGUGCGCAGGCUAUUUGAGGCGUUUGGCAACAUCGAGGAGUGCACAAUCCUUCGGGGACCCGAUGGCAACAGCAAAGGGUGUGCAUUUGUGAAAUACUCUUCACAUGCAGAGGCCCAAGCUGCCAUCAACGCCUUGCAUGGCAGCCAGACAAUGCCGGGAGCCUCUUCAAGCCUGGUGGUGAAGUUUGCGGACACGGACAAGGAGCGUACGAUGAGGCGCAUGCAGCAAAUGGCAGGACAAAUGGGCAUGUUCAACCCCAUGGCCAUCCAGUUUGGAGCUUAUGGCGCCUAUGCACAGGCACUGAUGCAGCAGCAAGCGGCGAUCAUGGCGUCGGUGGCGCAGGGUGGAUACCUGAACCCCAUGGCCGCCUUCGCUGCGGCCCAGAUGCAGCAGAUGGCGGCUCUGAACAUGAACGGCCUGGCAGCCGCCCCCAUGACUCCAACCUCAGGUGGAAGCACACCUCCUGGAAUAACUGCACCAGCUGUGCCUAGCAUCCCAUCUCCAAUUGGGGUGAAUGGUUUCACUGGCCUCCCGCCGCAGGCUAAUGGGCAGCCAGCCGCUGAAGCCGUGUUUGCUAAUGGCAUUCACCCUUAUCCAGCACAGAGCCCCACUGCAGCAGACCCCUUGCAGCAAGCCUACGCUGGAGUGCAGCAGUACGCAGCUGCUUAUCCUGCUGCUUAUGGCCAGAUUAGCCAAGCGUUCCCACAGCCACCUCCCAUGAUCCCACAGCAACAGAGAGAAGGACCAGAGGGCUGUAACCUGUUUAUCUACCAUCUGCCCCAGGAGUUUGGGGAUGCUGAGCUGAUGCAGAUGUUCCUGCCUUUCGGUAAUGUCAUCUCCUCGAAAGUGUUUGUGGAUCGGGCGACAAACCAAAGUAAAUGCUUUGGUUUUGUGAGUUUUGACAAUCCUGCCAGUGCCCAAGCUGCUAUCCAGGCCAUGAAUGGAUUCCAGAUUGGCAUGAAGAGGCUGAAGGUGCAGCUGAAGAGGCCAAAGGAUGCUAAUCGUCCCUACUGAAGGGUUGUGGGAACCACUGGAUACAAAGCACUAGCACAGGGCAGCAGCUGAAUGGGCCACAUUUAGAAAAAUAAAAAAGUAUAUAUAUAUUAAAAAAAAAAAUGAACUGUUGGAUUACAUCUUUGACAUAUCAGCAAAUAUCAGUCAAGCUGAAGACUUCAGACCUAUUCUCUCUUUGAUUGUUUAGACUGUAACAUUUCUUCAAGAAAAGUAUCACAUCUGCUGACUUCGAAGGACAUGCGCUUGAAAACAAACAAACACAUAAAGUAAAAUCAGAGCAGGAGGAAGAUGAACCGGGAUUUCUGAAGAGACACUGAUAUCACCACAGCGGCUUUUCUUCAAACAGGAGAUGCAAACCUGGAUUCUGGCAAAGGAGUGCCUGUUUGCCACCAAGGAUGCAGUUACCAUGCGAGACCCAUGGUAACAUGUCACUGAGCAUCUUUAUCUGUCAUUCCUUAGCUAUAUAGGGACCAAAGGACAAAACUUUUUACCGCAGACUUGUAGCUGUAUGUAAAAUAUGGAAGUUCUUUCCUUUUCUCUGAGCUGUUCCUAAAACAGUUUUUGAGAGCGAUUAUAUGAAAUAUGUAAAACCUAAAAAAAAAACCAACAAAAAAAAACCCAACAAAAAAAAACCAAAAAAAAAAAAAAAAAACCACAAAAAAAACACAAAAACACCAAAAAAAACCACAAAAAAAUUACAAAUGCUUAAAUGCUUUUAAAAUGGCAAGAUAAUAGUUCUUUGAUACUUUGGGAGGUUCUUUGGUUAUACAUUAAUUAGAGUCUAUGAAGCUUUCAUAUGGUUUUCUGUAUAAUACGCAAGGAUUGCGUUGUUAAAGGCAGGUAAGAUGGAUAUCUAUGAAAAGCAAAAAAAAGUAAAUAAAUAAAUACAUAAUUAAGUACAUAAAAAGGCAUAGAAAAGAGAAAGGAAAGAUGGUUGAUAUUAAAUGGAAAACAAAAAGGUUUGUAAAUGCUUCUAACUCUCCCCAUUUAAAAUCCUAAUAGUUGUACAGAAUCUAAAAAAGAAAGUUUAAAAUACCUAUAUAAUAGAAAAAAAUUAGACAACAUAAAAAUAAAAAAAAAAAACAAAAAAGCAAAAAAAAAUAAUACUACAUAGAAGUUAGCGUUAAUGCUAAAAACAAAGAUGUUGUAGAACUGUAAUUUUGUAGAGUUUAGAUUGAGCAUAAAUUCCUACUCUCUGCCAAUUGCUGUUGGAUGCUGUUAUUUAUCGAGGAGAAAAAGGAGAAAAAUGGCUAUUUUGGCAGCUUUUUUAACUGCAAGCAUUCCAGCUAUUAAAAAAUAAACAAGACAAGACUCAAUUCUGUAGACAAUGCAAAUGGGAAAAAAAAAAAAAAAAACAGCUGUCUUUUUAUCAGACGUUAGUUCUAACUUGAAAAACAAAA